AUGACCCUCGGCAUAACAUUCCGCGCGACCGUGCUGCGGGUCUUGACAGCAACCCCAGACAAAGUCAACCAAGUGAAUAACGCAGUCCACGGCAAGGGCGUUCAGGCAGAGAGGAUCGACGAUUCCAAUCUCAUCUUGCUGGUGAAUGACAUGACCCUAGCGGCCCAGGCAUUCGCGAACGAGGCAGAGAUCGGUCACGGUGCUCAAGGCAUAAACACAGAUUUACCGAACAUGAGGAUCCGGAUGACAUUACAAGAGCGUGUCGUACUGUGCCAGGGCGGCAGCUACCGGAAGGCAACUCUGGUUGUAGUUACGGCUACUGGACUCCCUGAGGAGCUGUCCAGAAAGAUUGCCAAGAAUGUGAUCACCAUGUUGUAGCUUAAAGUUGGAAGUU